AGAACCCGAGCAGGGCCGAGGUGAUGCUGGCAGGCAGAGGGAAGCACGUGGAAGCGUUUGUGGCCUCUGAAGAUGUACACCCUCCGUUGGGAGACUCAGCACCUGGGCUAGGCACGCUGCUGGAUUCCCCGCUGGCCUAUCGCAUAGCAGCGUCUGCACAUAACACUUUCAAUCAUCUGCAUUCGGCUCUGUCCCAGCCUGGUGGAUGAUGACCAGGCCUCUGUUAUCCCACCUACCUCUGUCUGGACUAUAGCAAUGCAACACUUGGCGUGAAGCCAUCAGCCCUUAGGAACUGCUGGUUAGUGCAAAACACUGCGGCACAUCUGAUCAACAAGGGGUACUGCAAGCACCUCAGACUUGUUCUGUGCUUUCUAUGCUGGCUUCUUAUAGAAUAUUGAGUGAGCUUCAAGGCGCUCCAUGGUCUGGCACAGGGUAGCUAAAAGGGCCUAAAGCUCUGAAGUGAAAACCGUGGUAACACCUCUGCUCCUGUGGCACAAUGGAACUUUCCACAAUAAGGGUAAAGCACGUCUGUGCAGGAGACAGAGCUUAAAACGAGUGCCUUGUUUUUAAAACCCUCCACGGAGUUGCUCCAGCCAACCUUACAAAGGUUGUCUCUCUAUAUUUCCUCCCCUUUUCCUGCUGGCUGGCUAAGAUUGAACUCAUCUGUUCCUCCAAACAAUCUGGCCACUGUUGGUGUGAGAGCCUUCUCCUCUGCGUAUCUCACCAUCUGAAACGCCCUAUAUGCUUUUGCAAUAAUUAUGCAUAUGAACAUAGGUGCACAAUGGAACACACUUGUAAGGCACUUUCUUUUUAAAAUGUUGUCCUAUAAACAUCCUAAAAUGUCUUUGGGACCAGUGUGAUAACAUCAAGGUACAGUGUGUAAAUAGGAUGGCCAACCAGCCAGCCAGCAAGUCUUUCAGUAGCACAGUCAGUGUUGGUACUCUCAGUCCAGGGCUGAAAGCCAUGUGCCAUUCAGCUCAGGGAAAGCUUUGUUUAAGUAACGUCUAAAGGCCUGAUUCUGCUCUCACGCUGCUGUAGGUUAGGAGUAACUACACUGAAGUCAGUAGAAUUACAUUGGCAUGACAGGGGAAUCAGGCCCUUAGGAUUCAGCCAAUAAAAUGCAUUGUGCUGCUGGGAUUUUUGUCCUUUAUCAUGUGUCUGAUUUACAUAUGUAAAUUACAUAUGUAAUUAAAAUAAUAGCCUGGCGCUGUAGACCAGAACCCCUCCAUGGACAACCUAGGGACCUCCACUCUUCUGACUGCUGUGCCCUGGCUCAGUGGCCUGUAGAUUGGUCUAUGCCCUGCCAAGAGGGAGAGCCAGGCACUCUGGCUUCAUGAGCUACAAGAAGGUGGGGAGGGCGAGAGCGCUGGUACUGAGUCACCUGGGGUGGAAGAGUGCUUCGCAUUGCUCGGAAAACAUCACUUGCUGGCUGCUCGGGAGCAGGAUGAGUUCCUCCAGUGCUCCCAGGUGAGGGACAGACAAGCUGAGGUGAGGAUUUUAUACAGGCAGCAGGAGGGAAGAAGAAGAUCAUCUUCAGGCAGGGCAGCUUUGACCAGUGCGACCAGCACCCCAGCCUCCAUGGAGUCCAUCCAUACAUCCUCUAGCUACCAGGCACUCAGAUUGUGAGAUCCUUAACACAGGAGUCAAGCCACCCCUUCUGGAGUGUUUUGAAAGUGCCUGGCACACCCUGGAUGUAACUAACGAGAACACUGGGUCUGUGUGGGACAGAAGCAACUGUAGCUCGGCCGCUGUGAUGUCCCUGGAAAUCCGGUCCAGUUCUAACUGGGCUUAUCUACCUCGCGAGGAUGGAGUACACAGCUAGCGUGAGCAGUCUCUGUUCAGAAAAACUGCAUUCCGCUGGAGGCCGGUUGGUUUUGUGGCAGUAAAUCUAAAAAGUGUGUGAUGUGUCAGGAUGAAAAGGUGGAUCCCCUACAUGUCUCAACUUUCUGGCUUUUUUGCCUCUCUUGUGACAUCCUUUUCACCUAAAACAGAGACCACCAAAGGACCAUAGUACGACAGUGUUCCAGCUUUCUCCAAUACUCAAAUUUACAGGUCAGCACACCUCACCCCCUCUGCCCAGUAACUGCUGAGCUUGCCUGUUUGCCGAAGAAAGGCCAUGCUGCACAGUGACGAGCACAAAGAACCUUCCACCACUCCUUAGAAUAGUCCACCAGCCCUGACAACUUCAUGCUGCAGGAGACAGCCUGAUGCCCUCAGCACAUCCUGCCAUGGACGGAGGGAAGAACUUUCCACAGCAUGAACACCAGCAGUCAGGCAGUACAUUAUACAGUAUGCCGAACCUCCAGACACAGCUCAGCGUACCUGCCAUGGAGAACUCGAUGCUGGCUCCUGAUUGGUGGAAUUCCUUCUAUUCACCUGCCCCUUUCUCAACUCCAUCUUUCCCAAGUGAAAACCAGCAAUAUUUUAAUACCACUUCCGAUUUUUACAUGAAUUCCAUCAGCAGACCACCUUUCACAGAGACGAACUAUGCAUCUGUGGGCUUUGCUGACUUCUUACCAAAAAAUGGUGAUUUUCCUCAGGAUUCUUCAUACCUCGAUGAGCUCUCCAACAACUCCCUCUUCUCAUCCCCCGCGGACUCCCUCUCCGACAUUGCUGAUGCUCAGGACUUCCUGCCUGCCGACAGCCUGAACCAUGUGCCAACAAUAUGGGAUAUAAACACGUCGCAACCGAACCAAAUAGAGCUGUUCUCUCCCAGCAGACCGUUCACAGGCUUAGAAAGUUUGGAAGACCAUCCCCCAAACACCCCACUCCUCAUAAGCUAUCAGUCGCAGACUCCGGUGGAGGAGGAUGACGAAGGCGAUGAGGAAGAAACGGAGGAGUUGGGGCACACGGAGACCUAUGCAGAUUAUGUACCUUCGAAGUCUAAGAUUGGGAAGCAGCACCCGGACCGCGUGGUUGAAACAAGCACUCUCUCCAGUGUUCCCCCGCCUGACAUUACCUAUACCCUGUCCCUUCCGAGCUCAAUUGCUGACGACGGGUUACUCUCUGCACUACAGCUGGAGGCCAUUGUUUAUGCCUGCCAGCAACAUGAAGUUUUACUACCCAACGGGCAGCGAGCUGGGUUCCUCAUUGGGGAUGGUGCUGGGGUUGGAAAGGGCAGGACAGUUGCCGGGAUCAUCUUUGAAAAUUAUCUGAAGGGCAGGAAGAAAUCUCUGUGGUUCAGCGUCUCCAAUGAUCUCAAGUAUGAUGCUGAAAGAGACCUGAAGGACAUUGAUGCCCCCAACAUUCCUGUGCAUGCUUUAAACAAGAUUAAAUAUGGUGACACAGCUACCUCAGAAGGAGUCCUAUUUGCCACUUAUUCUGCUCUGAUUGGUGAAAGCCAGGCAGGCGGACAGCACAGGACGCGAUUAAAGCAGAUUUUGGACUGGUGCAGGGAGAACUUCGACGGAGUUAUUGUGUUUGAUGAAUGCCACAAAGCCAAAAAUGCCAGCUCCACUAAAAUGGGCAAAGCAGUGUUGGACCUUCAGAACAAACUGCCUCGAGCGAGGGUCGUCUAUGCCAGUGCCACAGGUGCCUCUGAGCCAAAAAACAUGAUUUACAUGAGCCGGCUAGGGAUCUGGGGGGAGGGAACCCCCUUCAGAGCAUUUGAUGAAUUCCUCCAUGCAAUUGAAAAGAGGGGUGUUGGUGCAAUGGAAAUCGUGGCUAUGGACAUGAAAGUGAGUGGAAUGUACAUUGCCAGGCAGCUCAGUUUCUCUGGAGUCACUUUCAAGAUAGAGGAAAUCCCACUGGAUCGGCAGUACGAGCUUGUCUACAACAAAGCAGCGCAGCUGUGGGCAGAGGCAAUGGUGGUGUUCCAGCAAGCGGCUGACUAUAUUGGCUUGGAGUCUCGAAAGUCCUUGUGGGGUCAGUUCUGGUCAGCUCAUCAGCGCUUCUUCAAAUAUCUCUGCAUUGCUGCUAAAGUCCGACGCCUCGUUGAGCUUGCCAAGGAGGAGCUGGCAAAGGACAAGUGUAUUGUCAUCGGGCUCCAGUCCACUGGCGAAGCUCGCACCAGGGAGGUCUUGGACGAGAAUGACGGGCACCUAAACUGUUUUGUCUCCGCUGCAGAAGGCGUCUUUCUAUCACUAAUUCAGAAGCACUUUCCUUCAACCAAAAGAAAGAGAGAAAAAGGAACUGGCAUUAAAAGAAAACGGAAGCAGAAAGGCCGCUGUGCGAAGGCCCUGAAAGGCAUGUACGACAUGGCGGGCGUGAUCAAGAUCAGCGACGACAGCAGCACUGAUUCGGAGGUGGGGCUGGACAGCGACUUCAACUCCUCCCCGGAGUCCCUGUUCGACAACGACGACGUCAUCUUUGUCGAACACACCUACAAUGGCUUUGCAUCCGAAGACAGAGGCAUUUUGCACUUGCCAGGGUCCCAGAAGGACGUGCAUGGCCCGGGAGUGCUAGAACACGUGGAGAGAAUGAAACAGGACCUCCUAUCAAAAGUAAAAGCACUGGGAAAAGAGCUACCUCUCAAUACCUUGGAUGAGCUGAUUAAUCACUUUGGGGGCCCAGAGUACGUGGCAGAGAUGACUGGCCGGAAAGGCCGGGUGGUGAGCAGACCUGACGGCUCCAUCAUGUAUGAGUCCCGGGCUGAGCAGGGCCUCUCCAUAGACCACGUCAACCUGAAGGAGAAGGAGCGUUUUAUGAGUGGGGAAAAGCUCGUAGCAAUAAUCUCCGAGGCCUCCAGCUCAGGGAUCUCUCUCCAAGCAGACAGGCGGGUGAGGAACCAGAAGCGCCGGGUCCACAUGACACUGGAACUGCCCUGGAGUGCAGACCGAGCCAUACAGCAGUUUGGUCGCACACACCGAUCGAACCAGGUCUCUGCUCCGGAGUACGUCUUCCUUAUCUCUGAGCUGGCGGGGGAGAGGAGGUUCGCGUCCAUCGUCGCGAAACGCUUGGAGAGCCUCGGUGCCUUAACUCACGGAGAUAGAAGAGCCACUGAAUCCAGAGACCUCAGCAAGUACAACUUUGAGAAUAAGUACGGGACCAGAGCGCUAGACAGGGUCCUCACCACCAUCCUCAACCAGACUAAGAGCAAAGUGCCUCUGCCCAAGUAUUACCAGGAACGAGAGGCUGAAUUUUUUCAAGAAAUGAAACAAGGUCUCAUCUCGGUCGGGAUCUGCUGCAAGGAGAUGAAAUACGGCUACGUAUCGGUGGAGAAGGACUGCUCCAUAACCAAGUUCCUGAACCGCAUCCUGGGCCUGGAGGUGCACAAGCAGAACAUGCUCUUCCAGUACUUCACUGAUACCUUCGACCACCUGAUUGAGAAGGACAAGAAGGAGGGCAAAUACGACAUGGGCAUCUUAGACUUAGCCCCCGGCGUGGAUGAGAUUUACGAGGAGAGCAAGGAGGUUUUCCUGACCCCGGGGCACCCCCAGGACGGGCAGGUGGUGUUCUAUGAGAUCAGCGUCGACAGAGGCCUGAAGUGGGAGGAGGCCUACGAGAAAUCGCUCAAACUGACAGGCACCUACGACGGCUUCUACCUCUCCCACAAGACGCGAGGCUGUAAAUACACCUGCCUGCUGGCAGAGCAGGGCCGCGGGAAGAACUUCAUCCUCUACAAGCCCAACAUCGGCAAGCAGAGCCAGCCCGAAAGCCUCGAAAGCCUCUUUAAGAAGUACCGCCAGGUGCGGCCCGAGGAAGCCAAGGAACACUGGGAGAGCAGCUACCUCUUCUCCUUCACGAAGUGUAACCACGCCGUCUGGAACAGAACCUGCAAACUAAUCCAAGAGGGAAAGGAGUGUUUCCAGGGCAUGCGCCUGCGCCGUUACUACAUGCUGUGCGGCGCGCUGCUGCGGGUCUGGAGCAAGAUCGCCAGCAUCAUGUCGGACAUCACCAACACCAGCUACCUGCAGAUCGUCCGCCUCAAGACCAAGGAGAAGAAAAAACAAGUUGGGAUAAAGAUCCCCGAGAGCUGCGUCCAUAGGGUGCGGGAGGAGCUGAAGCAGAUGGACGAGAAUGUGAAGCAGAAGCAUAACCACCGGGCCCUUCUGGCCCAGGACCGGAGCCUGCCGUACUCCAUGCCACAGCAUGUCCUGCAGCAGCCCCAUGACCUCUGCCAGCCUGUGGCCGGGCUCCCUCUGCCCAGACACUCCCUGCACCAGGACGAGAUCCUGGACUUGACCUACAGCCCUCCCAGCGACAGCCUCUCCACCCUGGCCUUGAAGCCCGACCCCCUGGGCACUUUACACUUCCCGCCGGAGCCUGUUCUCCAGCCACACCAGCAGCACCGGAUGCCCUUGCAUUUCAGCCUCCCUCCUGUCUUCGAGAGCCCGGCCCCAGCUCUGGCAGGGAACGUGCCUCUCAACCCGCCCCUGCACGACCACGUGCCUCUCCCCCAUCCCGACCACCUGCAGCCGCUGCCGCAGCAGCCGCUGCCGCUGGAAGACUUAGCACAGCAGCAGAACAUCAAUUUCAAGGAGGUGCUGGAAGACAUGCUGAGGACGCUGUACGUGGCCCCGCAGGACAGCGCGCUCUCCCAGGAGCGCCAGAGCGUCAUCCAGUUCAGCAGGCCCUUUGAACACUUCUGAGGGCCGGGAUGGGGCUCAGCCACAGGCGCCGUGCCCCUCCCUAGCCUCUCGCCUGCCUGCCUUUGGCAGGAGCGCUGGCGCGGAGGGAGCCCUGGCUCUUGUAUUGCUUUGCAAUGACCCGCGGGUCUCAGUUCGGGGGCAGGGGGGUCGCGUAUUCCUUACAGCAAAGUUUAUUUAUAUAUAAUAUACAGCCACACAUGUAUAGAGUUGUACAUACCGUGUGUAUAAAGGGGGAGUGGGGGUGGCAAAAUGCUUUUAUCACAGAGCUCAGCUGAUCGGGACCCAUGUCUUCUGCUGCGGGAUGGACCUGCUCAAAGAACCGCGCCCAGGUAGGACAGAGAGGAGAGCCACUGAUGGCCCCAGCCCCUCCCCACACCCAUCUCCGCACCGACUACAGAGUUGAAAGGCCAGGAUUCACCCCCCUCUCCCCGGGGCGAGUGCAGAAGCUGCUAACUGCAGUGUCCGCAGACGGAAACGUUCUGACCCCCAAAGCGAUCCUGUUACCAGAGUGUCAGUGAUGGCGAAAGCCGUGGUUCCCAGCCGUCGUGGGCAGCUUGGCUGGGUCAGCCGGAGCCAGGCUCUUACUUGGGCUCUUCCAUCACAGCCCUGGAGCUUGGUGCCGCUCCAAACACCGGAGUCUCGAGGGAAUGGGGGGCAGAGGCGGGGACCGCGGGGGGAGUGACAAGUCCCAGUGCAGGCUGGGAACCACUGAGCUAAAGCAUCCAUCUGUGUAGGGUUGGGUGGGGCCAGCUGGAGAGAGAUUCAUCUGACUAUAGGUCACGCGCUCGGUCUCUGCUCUCCAGUUAGUCCAGGGCACCCCCUUCUCUUGGGAGGGGAAACUGACAUGCUUUGGGCUGCCCUGACUUCCCCAACGGGAUGGGGAACAGCUCUUCUGCACUAACGUGCCCACUUGAUCAGUAUUCAGCAAUGAACUCCUUAGCCCCUGGCCAGCCUUCCCAUCAUCCUCUUCUGCCUGGUGGCUGCUGGCCAGCCUGCACGCCCAGCCCUGGGGCUCCUUGUGGUGGCGGCAGCUCCAGCGUGGCCGCACUUUCCGAGUCUUGCUCUCUGUCGCAUUCUCUCCUGGAACCAACUGGCUAGUACCAUUCCAAUGGGCUUGUUCGCAGCUGGGCGGCGGGGCCAGGCCUGAGUCCGGGAAAGCAGGAGGGGCCCCAUGUCUGGAUCUUAAAGCUCCAGCACAGGCCACUGUUGAUUUCAAUGGCUGUUACGGCCGGCUCCACUUUGAAUACCAAAGAGCAAACUCCUGCUUAGCCAACCUGAGCAGAGCCCCCCGCAGUCUCUCCAGGGCACUCCACACCCUGCUCCUCCCACCAGCAGUAGCCCUGAGCAGAAGCACUGCGGCCCGUUGGACCAGUAGCUUGCUAGGCUUCAUGCUGCAGAGGGCUGCUAGCUGUACACAGAACGUACGCAGUCCAAACGGAGAGCCACACAGCACCUCGACAGCGACACUGCUCCUAGGCUCAUGCACCUGCUUCGAGCGAGCUCGGACGUUGCAGCCACCUCUGACUUGGGCAGUUCUGUAGUAAACCUGCUUUUUUAUUUACUCAGACAAUGGUUUUUGUUUCCUUGGCAGUGCAUCCCUGUCAGCCCCAGGGCAGGGAGUCUGUGCCCGCCCCUCCCUGCUGGCAGCAUUCACCUGGCUGUGCUGUAACCCUCUUCUCGCUGCCUCAGCCAUUCCCGUGUUCCUCCUUUUUCUGAGUCGAGUCAUCCUGGCAUUUCCGGGAGCAUGCCCCCUCCGGGAGGGGAGGAAGUGUGACCUGUGACUGGUCCUGCCUCUUUAGCAUGCAGAGCUCCCAUUACCCAUCACGCGCCCGUCCUUGGCUAAUUCUUACCAGACACAGCAAGUCCCUGGGGGGUGUGGAGUGGGGGAGAUCUGUGCUGGAGCAGGGCCGUCAGUGGGAUCUGCCCAAAGCUCUAAGAGGAGUUAAUGGUGGAGUGGGGUGUUCUUGCCCCCUGCAGAGAGAUCCCCAGCCACAUGUGGAGAUUUCAGUGAUUGUCACCUGAUCUCUGAGUUUAGCAACCAGCUGCCUUCCCUGUGUGACUCAGUUUCCCCAUCUGUAACAUAGGGAUGUGAUAUUCCCCUACCUUUCUAAAGUGCUGUGACCUCUAUAACCCAGUGCAAAGUAUUGGUAGCACGUCCUGCCUGGGGGACAGGGAAGCACCUAGUCUCCCAAGCCAGUGAACCAUGGUCUCCUCUUCCCACUUCACUUCCUUCCUCCCCCACCCCCCCACGCCCUGCACACGGGAGGUCCUGCUCUCUAGGCCAGUCCAGGUGUGGUCUCUGGCCCUUUCUUCUGGGGUCCUGUGUCUUUUUACAUCCUUUGCCUCUCCCCGACCAGGAAGGAGGAGGAGGUUUAUUAUUUAGAUUUCAGCAGUGUCCAUAAUGUGCUGGGCAGGCCCUGCCAUUCCCCCACUUCCCUGGAGAUGGGGGGCUUUGAAGGGGCCAGUUCUGAGUAGAAUUCUAGAUCUCCUCUAUGCCCCCUAGCCUCCGACUAAACACCAAAGAUCAGAAAAAAUCCCCCAAAACUGGAAGCCCAAACGGUGAAGUCCAGAUGACAUGAUCCACUGUUUGGCAGGGAUGCUCCUAUCCUUGGUGGUGCAUUUCCGACCCCUCGGAAUCUCUUUAGUUUUCUUCCUAAUUUAUCACCUAAUUGCACUAACCCACCUCUGCGCUGAGCUGCUGGAGAGCCCUGCACUGCGCUGCGUGUGCACAAGAGUCCUGUCCCGUCUUGUUCCGCUCGUGCAUUCACCCAAAUUGCCAGGGAAGGGGCUAUUCCGCCCUGCUGGCCUCUUGUAGGCAGACAGCAAAGAUGCCCCUUUUCUUGUGAUCAGAGAAUAUCCCUUUUCCAGGCCUAGAUAAAGGCAGGCCCUUCCCUGGUUCUAUCGAAUACACUCCCCCACUCUAUUUAUAAUGCUCCCUGGAUUCAUGACACUCAGAGAGAAUCUUUGAAAAUCUUGGAACCCCUGAGCCCUUAUUUAAUUUCUUUUUCAUUCAUUUGGGCACCUGUCAAACUCUCAGCAAAAGUUUAAAAAACACACCAAGAAAACCAAUUUCAAACAGGCGUAAACUCAGGAAUAAUCCUCAGGUGCUCUCUUUCUAUCCACCCACGCCAGUGGGUCCCCCCAAAAAUAUGACCAGGAGUUUUAUGUGGUAGUUUUGUUGCUGUUUUAAUUCUAAGAUAUAUGCAAUUCCUCUCUCCCAAUCUCUGGAAAAAACAGGGCACCUUCAAGAAAAUUCUUCCCCCGCCCGAUCCUGUGUUUUUUGUCAGGGUUAAUAAUAUGUAACAGUAUCUUUUAACUAAAUUAUUAUGCAGUUGUCCUACUGAUUGUAUGUAUUUUUUUAAAUGAAUCCUUUCCCCUUCCUUACACCUUUUUGUUAGCACUUUUUAAUCUGCUUGUUUGUUUGCCUUUGUUUUUCUGUAUGUAUUUAUAAUGAAUUGAGAUGUAUAUAUGUAAAGAGAUUUUUUUUUUUUUAGAAUAUGUGCCUUUGACUAAUUCCUAAAUUUUCUACUUGCAUCAGAAGGAUAAUUUUUGCAUUCUGCUCAGUAAAGAUGGAAAGGAAGCCACGCAUGA